AUGCACCAAGCUUCCACCUCAACAGCUAACCAUCCCCCAGACCAUGUCGUAUACACACUGGAAGGCACAAUCAAUGACUUCUUUGCUUCGCACAUUUCCAUCAGAAGACAAGAGUGCGAUGAAUUUGCAGCCUCUUUAUACGGAGAUCCAGUCAACGCCAUGCCCAUACAGGGCUGUUUCAGCUACACCGUCAUAGCUGGACAUAAGCAAUCCAAGAUUGUUCAAUUCCGCGCUGUGGACUCAGAUAUUGAUAUGAAUAUCUUGUUCUUCGCAGCGGCGUGGAAGGCACGACAGGUUAUCGGUCCAUAUGCCGCCCAAGGAAUUCAUGCCAACUAUCAGGAAAGAUUCAAGCUUCUAUCUCAAGUCUUGCCUUCCCGCUACCAGCAGAAUUUGGAGAUGGUCCGUAGAGGUCUCAGCCUGCUUUUCAUGCCAACGUAUCCAAUGGUGCUGAGUCACGGUGACCUUCCUGGAACGAACGUCCUUGUAGAUCCCAGCACCGGUCACCUUACUGGUGUUAUUGACUGGGCCGAGGCGCAGAUUUGUCCACUUGGAAUGUCUCAAUGGGGGCUCGAAAAUAUCCUAGGUACUAUGGACUCGACGGGGUGGCAUUACCAUCCUGAUCACGAAGCUCUCAGGAUUCUGUUCUGGAAACGGUUUGAGGAAGCUGUUGGAGGGGUUUCGAAAAGCGAUAAAACGACUAUUAAGGUUGCAAGAAUGGCUGGGUUGUUUCUUCGGUAUGGCUUUAACUGGCAAAUUGGAGGACGGAAUCUUGUCGAUGACGGAACCUCAUCUUUCAAGUAUCUCGAUGCAUUUUGUGCAACGUGGAGCUAG